UGCAAACUUUGUUCUGCUCUGCUGCCAGGGUAUAGGGCGGACAGGGAACCAAUCAGCGGGCCGCGCAGCGCUCUUUAAGCCUGACAUAACUUGAACAGGAACAAAUUGUCCCAACAAUCAACAUCCAAAACUCCGGUGCACAUCGGCAGUGGAUAACGCCGAUUCGGAUUGCUUAAAAAAACGACACACAUAAACGAAGACACAGGCGAAUACCCACCAGUUAUACAGAGGAUAUCGGCUUUGGUGCGGGGAGUAAAACCUAUUCUGCAGGCAUUAUGUCAAUGUUGCCUUCCUUCGGGUUUACCCAGGAGCAAGUGGCGUGUGUGUGCGAGGUGCUGCAACAAGGGGGGAAUCUGGAGAGGCUGGGCCGCUUUCUCUGGUCUCUUCCCGCCUGCGACCACCUCCACAAGAACGAGAGCGUCCUCAAGGCGAAGGCUGUGGUAGCUUUUCACCGGGGAAACUUCAGAGAGCUUUACAAGAUCCUCGAGAGCCACCAGUUCUCCCCGCACAACCAUCCCAAGCUCCAGCAACUGUGGCUCAAGGCGCACUACGUGGAGGCUGAGAAACUGAGAGGCAGACCGCUCGGCGCGGUGGGGAAAUACAGGGUCCGGAGGAAAUUCCCUCUGCCCCGCACUAUCUGGGACGGCGAGGAGACAAGUUAUUGUUUUAAGGAGAAGUCCAGGGGAGUUCUGAGGGAGUGGUACACCCACAACCCCUAUCCUUCCCCCAGGGAGAAAAGAGAGCUGGCCGAGGCCACGGGACUGACCACCACGCAAGUCAGUAACUGGUUCAAAAACAGAAGGCAGAGAGACCGAGCAGCUGAAGCCAAAGAAAGAGAGAACAGCGAAAACAACAAUUCCGGCAACAACAAACAGAACCAACUGUCUCCUCUUGACGGCGGCAAGUCCUUGAUGUCCAGUUCGGAUGACGAGUUCUCACCACCGCAGAGCCCAGACCAGAACUCCGUUCUUCUGCUCCAAGGAAACAUGACUCACCCCGGCGGCUCCUCUUACCCUCUGGCAGGCCUUAAUGCAGCACAGUCGGUGCACAGCAUCCAAGGACACCCGCACCAGCUCCAAGACUCGUUAUUGGGACCGCUAACUUCUAGCCUUGUGGAUCUCGGUUCCUAAACACUUUUUGAUUUUAUUUCAUUUUUUUAUUUUUUUUCUAAUAUAAGACAGAAAGACUGAGAUCCGACACUUUCAAUGUAUAUAUAAAAUAUAUAUUAUAUAAAUAUUACAGUUCUAACAUCCCCGAGUUUUCUGAUGUGAAAUAACACACCGUGGUACUUAAGAUGGUAGCCGGACUGACGUUUGUCAAGUCGUUAAAUUGGUAAAAUGGUCCACGCAAAACGAAGUUUUUAUUAAAGCUCUUGCCCGGGCUUGGGAUGUGUUCACCUUCUUGCCCCAUAGCAUAAACUACAAACUAGCUCCCUUUAAGACAACGCUUUCAUGGUUCUCAUGAACUCUAAAAACACAACGGAACACUUGGCUGGACUUGCCUUUUUUGCUUAAUUUAUGAUUUUUUGUUUUUGUUCAGAGUUGAAUUUAUAGGAAAAUCUUGUUAUGGAAACUGGGAUAGAGACAACGUCCCACACCCCACAACUUCACGUUUUCUUCACAAAAAUAGUGUAUCGGCUUCAGCUAGUUUCCAAUAAACCUGACAAAAGGUGAGGGGUUGUAUGGUGUGUGUUAUUUGUAUUGUCGACAACAAUCUUGCCAAUGGCGAUGUCACCCAAAUAUCAUUGUUUUUU